GUGAAACAGCGCCCAGGAUAGCUGAUUGUAACGUUAAGAGCAGUGCUCGGGGCCAAGUGCGCAGCGAUUGCAGCGGUCACUUUAAGAAACUUUACUUGACGGAAUGUAGUUGGAGACCGUUUUAUUAUCUGCAGUUUGAGCGUGGGGCUCCGGGAUCCGCCUCUCGGGCCGAGAUUCACAUUGACAGGGACAUUUCGCUGCUUUUAUUCCGGUUCAUAUCGUUUGUUCCCACGGCUGCUUGCAAGAGCUGUGAAGCUCUCUAAACGGAGUCGUCUCGUCUCGUCUCGUCUCGCCUCGCUCAGCUUCGCCCGCAGCGGCAGCCCCCUUUCCAAGGAUCGGGGCGACCAAGGGAACCGCCAGCCCAGCAGAGCUAGCACCAUGGCGGGAGCACGAACGGGAGUGCACGCGCUGCAGCUCAAGCCGGUGUCUGUCCACGAAUUGCUGAAGAAGGGCAGCAAGUUCAUCAAAUGGGACGAGGAUCCAUCCACUCGGGACUUGGUCACAUUGAAGGUCGACCAUCAGGGAUUUUUCCUGUACUGGACUGGCCACAGUAUGGAGGUCGACCUGCUAGACAUCAGCCACAUAAGAGACACAAGAACUGGAAAGUAUGCCAAAGUUCCCAAGGACUCGAAGGUCCGUGAAGUUCUUGGAUAUGGAGGCAGUGACCAGAACAUAGAAGAAAAACUUUUUACUGUGGUAUAUGGCACAGACCUGGUCAAUGUCUCUUUCCUCAACUUCCAAGCAAUGGAGAAGGAUGUCGCUAAGGUCUGGACUGAGGAAAUCUUCAAGCUAGCCACUAAUAUCUUGGCUCACAACAUGUCUCGUGAAACUCUCCUCAAGAAAGCGCACACAAAACUAAGGCUACAGGUGAACCCGGAUAUGAAAAUCCCAGUUAAAAAUAUUUUAAAAAUGUUCCCAGACAGAAAAAGAGUGGAGAGUGCCCUUGAGUCAUCUGGGUUUCAGUAUAACAGGAAUGAUUCCAUUAGACCAGAUGAGUUUACUUGGGAUAUGUUCCAAAGGUUUCUGAACAAGCUUUGCCUGCGACCAGAUAUUGAUAAGGUCCUUCAAGAGCUAGGGGCCAAAGGUAAACCAUACCUGACCAUGGAACAAAUAAUACACUUCAUUAACCAGAAGCAGAGAGAUUCAAGGCUAAAUGAGGUGUUGUAUCCACCGCUCAAGAAAGAACAAAUUCGUCAGCUCAUUGCGAAGUAUGAGCCCAACACAAACUUUGUGGAAAAGGAUCAGCUGUCAGUUGAGGGCUUCAGUUGCUACCUGGGUGCAGAUGAAAACUAUAUUGUUUCAUUAGAAAAACUUGACCUCAGUGAUGACAUGACGCAACCUCUCAGUCACUAUUUCAUCAACUCUUCGCACAACACCUACCUUACUGCUGGUCAGCUGACAGGGCUGUCUUCAGUGGAAAUGUACCGGCAAGUCCUCCUCACUGGGUGUCGCUGUAUUGAGCUUGACUGUUGGAAGGGUAGACCUAAUGAUGAAGAGCCUUUUAUCACUCAUGGCUUCACAAUGACAACUGAAAUACCUUUCAAAGAAGUGAUUGAAGCCAUAGCAGAGAGUGCAUUUAAAACAUCUCUUUACCCUGUCAUUUUGUCCUUUGAAAAUCAUGUUGAUUCAUCUAAACAACAAGCUAAGAUGGCAGAAUACUGCAGGAAUAUUUUUGGAGAUGCUCUCCUUAUAGAUCCCCUUGAGAAGUAUCCUUUAGUUGCAGGUCAGGCUCUUCCUAGCCCUCAUGAUUUACUGGGAAAAAUCCUUGUCAAGAAUAAGAAGAAACAUCCACACCAUAUACAGGAGGGCAGUGUCAAGCGUCGUUUGGUGGGACAGAGUUCUAACCAUAGUGACACAUCCAGCAUUUCUGAACAGCUAUCCCCUGGUAAUGGGUGUCCACCACUCAGCACAUCAGACGCAGGGCAGCUGUUGUCGAAUGGGGAAGAAAAAUUAGCUGAAAGGCUAAUUAAAGAAGCAGAACCAAGAAAGUCCAUUGAUCGUGAAGCAGACAGUGAAGAGGAAGAAGAAGAGGAGCAACCAGACCCCAAAAAGCCCACAACUGAUGAGGGUACAGCCAGCAGUGAAGUCAAUGCAACAGAAGAAAUGUCCAACCUGGUCAACUACAUUGAGCCUGUCAAAUUCAAGUCUUUUGACAUAGCAAGCAAAAGGAACAAGUAUUUUGAAAUGUCCUCAUUUGUGGAGACAAAAGGCUUGGAACAGCUGACUAAAUGCCCAGAGAAGUUUGUGGAAUACAAUAAGAAACAGCUGAGCCGGAUAUACCCAAAAGGUACUCGGGUAGACUCCUCAAACUACAUGCCUCAUGUUUUUUGGAAUGCUGGAUGCCAAAUGGUAGCGCUUAAUUUCCAGACACUUGAUUUACCAAUGCAACUAAACAUGGGCAUCUUUGAGUACAACUGCAGGAGUGGCUAUAUACUGAAGCCUGAAUUUAUGAGGCGUACAGAUAAGAACUUUGACCUUUUCACAGAGGACAUCAUUGAUGGAAUUGUGGCCAACACUGUUAGCAUACGGAUCAUUUCAGGCCAGUUUCUCUCCGAUAAGAAAAUUGGAAUAUACGUAGAGGUGGAUAUGUUUGGACUUCCUGUGGAUACAAAAAGGAAGUUCCGCACUAAGACCUCCAAUGGAAAUUCUAUGAACCCAUUCUGGGAUGAAGAACCAUUUGUAUUUAACAAGGUGGUUCUUCCUACAUUGGCUUCCUUGAGAAUCGCUGUAUUUGAGGAAAAUGGAAAGUUUAUUGGCCAUCGGAUUUUACCAGUUUCGUCCAUUCGACCAGGGUAUCACUACAUCAGCCUGAAGAAUGAACUCAAUCAGCCCUUAAUACUUCAAACUUUGUUUGUUUACACUGAAGCGAAGGACUACAUACCCAAUGAGCACCAAGAGUAUGCAGAAGCACUAACUAAUCCCAUCAAACAUUUGAUGUCUCUGGAUGAAAGAGAGAAGAAGCUGGCAUCUCUAAUGGGAGAAAGUGAGCGAACCCUCAAUAGUAAGGAGAAUUAUCACGAAAGAAGUGAAACUGACCAGGCUGCUGUGGAACGGCAUGGCGUUGUCACCACCACCAGCACCCCUCAGCCUGUCCCAAGGCCAUCAUUGCUGGGUAAUUCAAAUGAUGUCAGCUUUAGUCCAGUGCAGCGAAAUGAUUUGAUUGCGAGUGUAUUAAAUGAUGUCCAAGCACAGUCAAUAGAAGAGCUCCGACAGCAGAAGGGGUACCUAAAACUACUGAGAAAGCAUUAUAAGGAGAUGAAGGAGAUGCGGAAGAAGCACUUGAAAAAAAUUUCUAAGGUCAACAAGGAUCAAAAUACACGCAUAAGUCAGUUUAAUACAGAUAGUGUGCGGCGAAAAUUUCAGGUCGAAAAGAACAUGAAAAAAAAUGGAAAGAAAUCUGAAACCGAUCCAAAAAGCAUGGAGAAAGCAAUGUCUGAUCUUGAAAUGGAGGUGUCAAAGAAUAAAGUGGAUUUAAAUGCAUGGCAGAUGAAAGAGCUCCUAGUGUUACGGCAAGCUCAGCAUAAUGAUGAGAGGGAGAAGAAAAAAGAGCACUUACUUCAGGCUCAUCUUAAGCUAAAAGAAACUGCAGUGGAGUGCCAGGCUACACAGCUAAAGAAGCUUCAGGAACUGUGUGAGAAAGAGAAGAAGGAUCUGCAAAAAAUUCUUGACCGGAAACGACAGAAUAGCAUUACAGAGGCCAAAAUCCGUGACCGCCAGAAAGCAGAAGGUGAACUGAUAAAGAUUAAUAACAAACACAUAACGGAGUCUGUCAGUUUCUUACGUUGUCUUGAUGAAGCACAAAAAAAGCGACAGGAAAAGCUGGUUCAUCAGCAUCAGGGAAUUUUGCAGCAAAUUUUAGAGGAUUAUCCACAGCAACAAGACCGUUUAGAAAAAGAGUUGGAAGUGGAAUACCAACAGCUUCCUGAGGAAAUCAGAAAGUACUUGCAGGGAGAACUUGAUUCGACACUUGGAAAUCUGGAAAGUUGUAAAAAUGGUCAAGACCACACUGACAGCCCAAGUUCUAAUCAUAGCACCCCACCCUUCACUACAACCAGUCGACAAAGGCUGUACAGGGGAAGUUUAGACAUGAGCGGACAGAGUCCUGAACAUAGUACAGCCUCCCUCAUUGAAUCAUCUUCGCCAAGCACUCCUGGGAUGUCUGAGGGAGAAAUGUUGUAAGAACUUCAGCGAAGAAACUACUGUAGAUCUCUGUGAGAGAACAAGGCUUUGUAUAUGGAAUACACUGGUGCAUAACAGGCAGCGUUUUGCUUUUUGUUUUAUUUAAUUUUUGUCAUAUAAGUUCAUUUUUAUUUUGUAUAUUUGAAAAAAACUAAAUUGGAGCAUACUGAAGCAGAGCUACUGUAUUUAGAUUCGGGUUUUGAUGAAUAGUUUUACUUGCGGCAAACGCUAGCUGUCUAUUUGCCUUAGAAUGCUAGAUUAGUAGUUCUUUCAAAUCAGUGCACUGGCAUUCAAGCAGGAUUUUUUCUUUGCUUUUUCCAAUAGCAUCAGUGAUACAAUAAUGCACUUUUAUUUUUGUUUCACUUUUGUAGCCUGAUUGUAAGAAAAGUUCUCAAAAACAAUAAAUUAGCUUUUAUCUCUCUAAUCUACAUUGCAGGAUAUUGAGCAGAGAAAAUUAAGUUACGAACCAAUAAUGGUGGUUUCAAAGUAGACAUGUAUAAUUUCCCCUUUACAAAUUUUAACUUGGCUGAAUAUGUGACUAGAAUAAAUAAAGAUUCAAUUUUGAGGAUAUGGUCAGUGCCAUAAAAUCAUCCUAUUAAUGACAUUCUUUAAUGUCAUUAUCCAGCUUACAGUUUUAGAGCUAUACCCAUCAGUGUUAGCCAUCAUUUGUGUCAAACAUAGUUUACAAAAAUGUUAUCUUAAACUGAAAUGCUGUAUACUUCAUUGUGCCAAGAAUUCUAUCAGCAAACUUUAGGUUAGUUUGAUUUGGAAAGAAAUAUUUGGCUCAGGAGAUUGACUUUAUGUUGGAAUCAUAUCACAUUACUUUGGCCAGAUGUCAUUUUUUUUAACCUUUAUUGGUCAGCUAGACCUUGAUUUUAAAAGAUGUCUGAAAAACAUUUUCCAAUAGCUCGGAGGUACUAAAAAACUUUUUACAUAUUUAAUAACAGAUAGAUUAAAGGGAUAUCUUCAUGUACUACUUUGCUAAACAAUGAGAUUUUAUUACUUUUUUCAAAAAAUAAAUUAUUUUUAAAUACAUUUAAUAGUUUAUUUUAAUACAUUAUGGUCUCACUGGUGAAAAUGGUCACAUUUUAACACCGCUCAUGGCAUUUAAAUUCAUAAAGUACAAUCAGUUUUUAUUCUGCCCUCCUGGCUAAUUUGUACGUCCUUUAUAUUUUUAUCAUCUCAGUCCGCUUGUACUUGCUGUCCUAUGGGUGGUAUGUGCAGAAGGCACAUUUUAUAGACAGUCUGUAUUUUAUGUGUAGCAUAUUUCCUUCCACAGUUACAAUGUUUCUUUAGAUGCUUACUAGCAUUCACAAUUGUUUGUUGUCUCUUUGUUAGCUUCCUUUGUCAAUGCCAAAAUUGUGCAACAUCAUUUUUUAAGAAGAUCACAUUUUGACAAAAGGCUUCAAAUGCUGUAUAAAACAUAAAAAGUUAGCAUAAAUCUUUCAAGUGAAGAAAUGUGAUGGGGACUUCUAUACAGCAGCUGGCUUCUUUGGUGUUAGACAGUAUCUUGUGUCACUAACCCCCUAUGUGCUACUUACAGUCUUAUCUUAUAGUCCAAUAUGGCUUUGUGUAAACCCACAGGAAAUACUUUGUAAACUUGGAAUUCUGUAGUUUUAAAUACAGUAGCGCUGUUUCAAAUUGCAAUAUUACUGUAUAUGUGAGAUGCUGCUAAUUAGACAAUUAUGGGAUUCUGAUCUUCUUGUUAAAAUAUAGUGCCUUUUAUAAAGUGCUAUAGCAAGUAUUAAAUUAUUUCAUUAACCUACCUGUCUUUCAGACUUGAAGUUUACAUUUGCUGUGAAUUCUCAAGUCCAAAGCAGGUGUUCUCACUUUUAAAUAGUUUAAAUCCGAGGUCUCAUCUGUUUACUUUUUCAGUGGACUCAGUAUAUUUAGACCAGGCUUGCUUUUCAGGAUCUGCACUCACAGAGGAAUAGCAGUCUAUAUGCAUGAUGUGUACAAAAUCUAGUGCUUUUGGUUUAUGAAUGUAAGGCUAGAAACUUCAAAGACUUUUGUAGCCAUACUUUUUACUUGUAAAUGAAUUUCUUAUCAGAUGUAGUAUUUUUAUAAUCCUGUUAAAGAUAGACAUAUUGUGAGCUGAUUGUGCAAACUUUUUUUCCAUCAAAGGCACAGCUAUAUUUACAUUUAUUGAUUAGCUGCAAAGAAUGUUGCAGCCUGGCACAAAGUUGAAGGCCAUCUCACCACUGUAAUUUUCACAAAAUUUUCCUUAAGUCGAUUCAUGGCUUCUGUCUACAAACUAGUCAUAUGCAGUGCUGCACUCCAUCCAUUCAAUUUAUGGCUAACAAAAAGACAGAAAAACUGUGCAGUUAGAACCAUUUCCAAAAGAUGAAAAAUAAAGUUGAAAAAAAAAUAACCAUCACUGAAGGGGACAGAUGAAGAAAUUAAUUGCAAUUACAUCAAAGCUGAGCCUUUAGCAUGCAAAAAAAAAGCUUCUAGGUAGGCACAGUUUGGUUUUCAGUUUAUGAUGUGAAGCUCACUUUUAAUUAGCACUGAUGUAAUCUGAUCACUAAAAACUGCAUUUGUUUCUUGUCAAGUUCUAUCAGAUUAGUUCUACCAAAGCAGACUAGAGAGCUACCAUAACUCAGAGUCUGUGAUCUUCAUAGGCAAAAGUAGCUGUAUCAUCCACUGAGACAUUAAGUGACAAAUUAACCAUGAGGGCUUUCUGAUGAGGAAUUGCACCAGUACUUGCUAGAUUGUGCGACUACCCUUUUAAUGUAAUCAUUUUGGAAGCUACUCAGAACACUAUCCAGUUAUGCUGUGGAGAAAGUGUGAUUGAGAUUCCUUCUGCUGUAUUGGCUGGUGAAUCUAAAAUAGGUAUUAAAAAGAAGUAAAUAAAUAGUUGUAAUUUACAGCUUUAAAUCACAGAUCACCUGUUUAGUUUGCACAUACUGUUUUAAUGUUUUUAGUUUAACUUAUUAGGGUUUUUUUGGUGGUGAGUUUAAGCUUAAAAAGAAUACACCCAGAAAAAGUUUAUACUGAUGCAAACAACAACAUAGGAAUCUGAAUUUUGUUUCAUUGCUAAAUGUCACAAAUGGAUGCUGAUAGAUCUGACCUCUUUGCAUUAUUUAGCCCCUUUAUAAUUUCUUAUAUAAAAAAAACAUCAGCCAAUAUUGAGAGUAAACAAAUAAUACAAAAUUACAUCAAAUGCAUUCAAGUUUAUUUAGGUGCUAGGCAUAGACUUUUUUGUCAGAGUUUAAAUACGUGCUUAGGAUAAAAGUGAAAAAUGAGCUCAGACUUUUACAACAGAAUGCCCUAGGAUACCACUGAAUGGAAGAAUUGUCCACACUUUUAAAGUACAUAUUUGGCUACUUGGAAAUAGAAUUAAAGGUUAUCUUCAUUUAUAAAAGUAAAAUAAAUUCAUUUUCUUAUUUCUUUUAAUAUAGUAAGUUACUUUCUCCUGGAUAUAGUUGAAGUUAACAGAUAUAGUUUGCUUUACUUUAUUUGUCUUUCAGUGUAUGUUCAAAUUGGACUGGAAUAAAGAUGAUGAUUCUGCUGGUCAGAUAGUCAAAUCUUGAUAGCAGGCUUGGCAUUUAUUUAGUAUUCUACAAUUUUACUACCCUGUUUCAAUUAAGACCUUUGUAACCUUGUCAGUGGCCAGUGUCUAGAAAGUUUACUUUUAUUUUUGCCACCCUAUAUAGCAAAAGAGACUGUAAUUGCCACAAGAAAAAAACUCUGAAAAUGGUUCAGGGAAUUGCCAUCUUUUGUGCACUAGACCUUUUUAAAUUUAUUUGGGAAAAUAUGGCUUUCCUGUUUGUCAUGCCAACUGCAGCAAAGUAACUCCCAAACAUUCAUAUCAGGUUAAAAAUUUAAUCUGUUCUGCCAGUAGCUUUCUGCAAGUAUCUUUUAAAAAGUUGUGACAUUUUAGAAGGUAGUGAAUCUCUAUUGAAGUGAACAGUCUGAAUUUAAGCAGGUACGCUUUAUAACCUGCAAAACUCAGGGCAGUUGUGUUGAAGUGUUCUUGGUUUAUUAUUCAGCUCUAACACCACUUGCUACAUUAAACCUCCAUGCAUUUUCUAGAAUUGCAAGUAAAAUGGUGAUAAUGGCAACAGAUUGGAUACUGUUCAUUUAAAAUUGGAAAUUGAUAAAAGGCACUGCUAAUUUUUAGCGUUAUUGAAAGUUUUUAUCCUUUGGUUUGUUAUUUUGAUUUUUAUUUUACUUUUUCCCUUUUUUAGCUAGGGUCAAAACGUGAACUUAUCCUUCUGUCAAUGUACAGUAGUUGGUUUUGUUUUAACAUAAAGCGUCAGCUGUAGUGAAAAGCAAAUCCACUCAAUUGUUAUCCCUUAAUUCCUGUAUUACUUUUUCUCAAUGCUUUGUCCACAUAGUACAUCGAUGAAAAAAUGUAGUUACAUGAAGCCUCUAUCUUUGUCAUUUUUUAUCUAUCUUCAUUUCUUUGUGUAAACCUGUAUUCUGAAAGGUUUUCAUGGAGUUUUUUAAGGGUUGAUGUGCCUCUGAAAAGGGAAACUGUUUAUAAGAUGUAUGUAAUCUUGCUGAAUACUGUACUUGAUGUAAAUGUAAUAAAAAUGGAUUUUGGGAUACAAAACA